GGAGCGGAGCUGGGGAGACGGACGGAAGGCGAGGCGUUUCCAGCCCGGACCUCCAAUUCCAUCGCCGUUCCUGUUGUUUCGACACCGCCAAGGGAAAAAUGGCACGCAAACCAUGCGGUCUCUCCGGCUAACCUGGCGAGAAAACGCCGAAAUCCCCACAGACGAAGAACAAAAUAUGUGGUAUGCGGUCAGUGUGAUGAUUAGCAUGUGAGCGAUAGACGCGUCCAGCCUGUUAUUCGAGUGUCUGUAUUGCACAGCCCAUGUUUUCUCAGCGAAACGGCCUUUUGGGACGAAGGAAGAGCUGGACGUCGUUUUGGUCAGCGCCACAUCUCUUCGUGGAAACUCUAAUGUGUGCUACUUUACGAAGAAGUCCGUUAUCGAGAACGAAAACAAACGCCAAAGUUGGGUUUUAUGUUUAGUUCAUUGAACUUAUUGGCACAUAUAGCACUGUUCAGCACCUCAGCUGUGGAUAAAUACAGGUAAACAGUAUUUUAACUGAUUUUUUACAUCGUCUGUCACUUCUGUGAGGACUCGAACGGCAAGGCCUUCAAGAUAGUUGUCUGUUUUCGGUGGACUGAUUUUUAAACUCAGUGUUUUUUUGUAGCUACGGGCUUUCCAGCUGGACUUUUUCAGAAAUGUGCCUGGUUGUCCGUAGAAAAGCAGACGUGAUUUUGUCCAGUGACACUCGGGGGUCUUACAGUGAUAAAAACUGAACAAAAACUGUUUUUUUGUUCUUUGAAGAGGAGAAAAAGACAGAAACAUGGCAGCGGAGGGCCGGAUCACUGUCUUCGAUAUUGGACUGUUUGCUCUGGUUCUGCUCAGUCCUGUUGCUGCUGCUCAGACUGAGGAGAGGGAGUGUGCAUAUGCAGAGCUGGCUGAGCACAUCGGCCGAGGAGGAGAGGGGCGUGUGUUUCCGGAGAACUCCACCAUCCGCUGCAGUCAGGGCGGCCGCUGCUACGGACUGUGGGAAAAGAAACAGAACGGAUUCCAGCUAGUCAAACAAGGUUGCUGGGCAACUGUGAAUGGCCAUCGGAGUGAGUGCCAUAACGACCACUGUCAGGUGACGAACACGCCCUCCCAAAUCCUAAACGGCAGCUACCGCUUCUGCUGCUGUAGCAAGGACAUGUGCAACCUCAACUUCACAGAGGACUUCCCAACACCCAGUCCCACCACCGCACAGCCAGUCCAUACUCGCCAGAUGUACCGGGAGGAGGCUAUCUUGAUUGCCCUGGCAACCGUCUCCGUGGUUGCGGUAUUGGUUGUGCUGCUCUUUUUCAUCUACCGCGUACUCAGGGGACAUGGUAAACAGAGUCUUCAUAACUUGAAUAUGCUGGAGGCAGCUUUCUCUCCCCCUUCACUGGACUUGGACAACCUCAAACUGCUUGAACUGAUCGGCCGUGGCCGGUACGGGGCAGUGUACCGUGGCUGUCUGGAUGAACGCUCUGUGGCGGUUAAGGUUUUCUCCAGCGGUAACUGCCAGCCCUUUGUUAAUGAGCGUUCCAUCUACCGCCUCCUUCUGGACCACGACCACAUAGCCCGCUUCCUUGAGAGUGAGGAACGGCUCGGAACUGAUGGUCGGACUGAGUACCUGCUGCUGCUGGAGUUCUACCCGCAUGGCUCUCUGUGCACGUAUCUGAAUGCAAGGGUUGUUGACUGGUUGAGCUGCUGCCGCCUCGUUCUCUCUGUCACUAGAGGACUGGCUUACCUGCACACUGAGAUGAUGAGAGGAGAUGUCUAUAAGCCUGCAGUCUCACACAGGGAUCUGAACAGUAGGAAUGUGCUGGUGAAGGCAGAUGGCUGCUGUGUGAUUAGUGAUUUCGGCCUCUCCAUGACUCUAACGGGGAAGAAGCAGUCGGGCCAUGCAGACGACGACAACACGGCCAUCAGUGAGGUGGGCACAGUACGUUACAUGGCUCCAGAGGUGCUGGAAGGGGCAGUGAAUCUGCGAGACUGUGAGGCAGCACUGAAGCAGGUGGAUGUGUAUGCUCUGGGUCUGCUUUACUGGGAGAGCUUCAUGCGCUGUGCUGACCUCUUUCCAGGUGAAUCAGCUCCUGCGUUCCAGCUGGCCUUCCAGGCUGAGGUGGGAAAUCACCCGACCAUAGAGGACAUGCAGGCACUGGUGUCCCGCCACAAACAGAGACCCAAAUUCCCAGAGGCGUGGAAAGAGAACAGUCUGGCUGUGCGAUCGCUGAAGGAGACAAUGGAGGACUGCUGGGAUCAGGACGCUGAGGCUCGGCUUACAGCCCAGUGUGCAGAGGAACGGCUGGCUGAGCUGCUUCUCCUCUGGGAGCGUGACAAAUCUGUGAGCCCUGCUCUGAAUCGCAGCACGGCACUGCACAAUCACAGGAACUUGUCACAUGGACGCCAAACACCAAAGACUGGCACCUACUCAGAAUUCUCCUCUUCAGCCACAACAGAAGGUCGAGAGGGUGUAGCUAAACCACCUCACAGUGAUACCUCUACAGAACCCGGCUCAGUAGGAGGGGUUAAUGGCUUAGGGGGCGUGGCUGUGGAGAAAAACAGAAACUGCAUCAACUACGAGCGUCAGCAGGCCCAAUCGCGGCUGUCUGGGACGGACAGCAGCACCCCCACGCCUCUGACCGAGUCCUGUCCUGCUGGCCAACAGCCAACAGGGGGAGGCAGUGUGCCACCCUGCACCCAGCUCACCCAAGAGGACCUGGAGACUCCCAAGCUGGAUCCAAGCGAGGUACAGCGGAACCUGCGCGAGAGCUCCGACGAGAGCCUGAUGGAGCACUCACAGAAAAAGUUCUGCUCCCCUGAAAUGGUGAACCCACAAAGCCCUUUCUACCCGCUCAUCAAAAUGGCUGCUGAGGUCACCGGAUCGCAGGUUCGCCACAUCGAUGCCCCUACGACCAUCUUGCCGAAGCAGCAGAACGUACCCAAGAGGCCCAGCAGCUUAAAUCUCCACACAAAGCCUGUUGGGAAGUUGGCCUCCUCUUCAGCGUCCUCAUCCCUGAGACUGAAGUUCAGCAAACUGGGAAAGAGCAAUCUAAGGAAGACUGAUGUGGGCGUGGCCAGAACUAAAGCUGUCGCCCCGGCAACUGAACCACAUCCAGUUAUGGUUGCUAAGAACAAUACAAGCAUUGACAAUACCGUAAAUGUGAACGGUUCAACCACAGGACCCGCUGACUUGCCACCUGGUGAAGCCAUUAGCAACACUUCUCAGGACAAUGGGGGCACGAGCUCGGAUGACCUGACCUUCGGCCUCCUGACCACCAGUCCGGACGAGCAAGAGCCUCUUCUCCGGAGAGAGGCGCAGCCGGACAAUGCCAACAACAACAACAGCAAUAACAACACUGGAGAAGGGGAAGGUGACGGAAAAGGUGAGGAAGGUGGAGGGGAGAGAGGAGAGAGCAGCGAGAGCGCUGGGCCAGCCGGGGACCCACAAACCUCAUCUGCAACAGAUCCCCAGGCAGUGUCCCUUCCGUGCCCUGCUCCUGACCUGGUGACCCCUCAGGUAGAGCCUCAGAUCCAUGCUGAGCCUCAGGCCCAACCAGCGGAUGUUCCUCAGGGAGAGACCCUGCUCCGGCAGAACCGAGUACGCAGACCUGAGAGACCCAACUCACUGGAUUUAUCCAUCACCACACUGCCGCUGCUGGGUGGCCAGUCGCACGGUGACGAGAAGGAGAGCUCCGGAGACAAGAUCAAAAAACGAGUGAAGACCCCCUAUGCCCUGAAGAAGUGGCGCCCGGCCACCUGGGUCAUAACCACAGACACGCUGGAUGCCGAACUGAACAAUAAUAGUCGCUCUGGAGGUCCGAACCCAGGCCAGGCUGGAACCAGCAGACCCAAAUCAGCCCCUAACCUCUAUAUGGGGGGCCGUGGGGGUGUGAGCUCCAGCUUCACCUCUGACCCCAGUGACUGCAACUUCUGACUCUUCAUCCCGCUUUGACACAAACACACCCACUCCUUUUACAGGUUUUCACAUUCCAGAAUACCGCUGUACAACUGGAUGUCCGUUCUCAGCCGCAAGGCCGUUUCAGCUGGCUUUGGUGAGAGUCAUGAACAGAAUUACAAGGAGUUUGACUGAAGGAAGAAAUCGUUUCUGAGUGAGCACAACCUGUGUAUCAGUCCUUUGGUUUAGCAUCACCUUUUCCUCUCUCCUUGAAAUCUUUCAUGCUUUUUUAUGUGCACUUUUAAAUGUUGAAACCAUAAAUUAAUUCUCUUUUGACCCUAAUGGUAAAAAAAAGAAAUCGAUGUUUGAUAAAUAUUGUAAUAUAUAUGAAAGAGCACAUCAUGGUAUAAAAUACGCAAGGUUGUCUGAAAGACACGCAAGGUGGCAAAGCUUUAUUAGUCAGCAGUGCAGGCCUGUAUGUAUAUGUCCAAUCACUAGCACUUGGAUUGUACUGAUAUAUUAGCUGGAGAGCUCUGCAGAGCUCUGAGUGUUGCACUCAACUCUUCUACUUCAUCAUAAGUCUAAGUAUGAUAAUAUAACAUGAGCUAUGGACUUUUUUUUAAUUACAGCUACAUAAAUGGUCUCCAGAUUGCUGUGUGUAUGUGUGCACAAAAAACAUCAUGGAUGACAAUCUCUGCUGCCUUCUUUUCAGUGUCAAAGGGCAGAAAUUUGAGCAAACCAACAAGUCCUGCUAGUAAGAGGAUUGUGUUGGAGGUCCAUUGGAGAUACACUCAGAGACUACAGUGAGACAAUGCUGAAACAGCAGCGUUUAAGGUGCUGACCAUGCACAGCAAUCACUAUUCACUAGGGCUGGGACGUUAAGCAAUUUUGAAAAAAAA